AUAAUCAUACAUACGGAGCAUCUUAAUAGGCUGAUAGGGAGAGUGCAGCGGGGCAUUUUAUGACCCGCUAAACCUGUUUCAUCUAGGCAAGAAGAUGCAUGUACCUACUGUAUCUAGCUGUACCCACUGUAUAUAUUUUGCCAACUUGCACAGCCCAGAUACUUAGGUACCUAGGUACUUUAAUCUUAGAAGGGCAAACGGAAGAAAGAAAGAAAGAAAGAAAGAAAAAAAUCUUUGAAGAGCCUCAAUAUCAACAUUUCAUUCACUUCUACAUCAAUCAUAUCACCAUCUCGAUAAAUCAUCAUCGCAUAUGCUGCCCGUGCGGUUACAGCAAUUUAGGACUCCCAACCGAUAACAUAAUCAUAACUAUAAUAACGGGCGCAGAAAAAGGAAAGGACCGUGCACUGAUUUUAUUUUUUCUCUUGCACACAUCAAUUCCUUUCUCAUUAUCGCCCAACCUAUGAAGUCAUCGAAGACGCGUUCUUGAAGUCGCGAUCCAGAAAAAGAAGGCAUUUUCCCUUUGGCAAUCUAAGCAAUCCAUGUCGGAUUAGAAAGAACGAGUUGUAUUUUGAAAAGAAAUAUUUUCUUAAAUACCACUCGCUCUAAAAUUUGAUUGCUACACCGUGUACUCUCCAAGCUCAACGUGCGAGAGCGAGGGUAUCAGCGAAUGAACGGCGUAAGUGGU